UUGUUAAUUUCCUUAAUCUUUUAAUUGGGUUUAGAGAGCAAUUUUAUAAUUAUUUUUGAUCGCUUGCUUGCUUACACAAAGCUCUGUCGGUUACUCAGCUUAUAGGUUUACCAUGUUUAGGUCUCUGAUUCGGACACGAUCACAGUCAUCCUCUUCUCUCGUCACCAUGUCUUCAAUCACUCAGAGAGGAAAUUCAAGGCCUUUGUCUGAUGCUGCUGGUUCACAUUCCAGAGAUAAGAUAUUGGUAUUGGGAGGAAAUGGUUAUGUAGGUUCACAUAUAUGCAAGGAGGCACUGAGACAAGGUUUCUCUGUAUCCAGUCUUAGCAGGUCUGGAAGAUCUUCUCUGCAUGAUCCAUGGGUCAAUGAUGUUACCUGGCAUCAAGGUGAUUUGCUUUCACCCGUAUCUCUGAAGCCUGCACUAGAAGGAAUAACAUCUGUGAUAUCAUGCGUUGGUGGUUUCGGUUCCAACUCACAGAUGGUCCGAAUCAACGGAACUGCAAACAUUAAUGCUGUCAAAGCUGCUGCUGAAGGAGGUGUGAAGAGAUUUGUGUAUAUAUCAGCUGCGGAUUUUGGUGUCAUAAAUAACUUGAUUCGAGGGUAUUUCCAAGGAAAGAGAGCAACUGAAGCUGAGAUUUUGGAUAAGUUCGGAAACAGAGGAACGGUUCUAAGGCCAGGAUUCAUACACGGGACACGUCAGGUUGGUAGCAUAAAGCUGCCACUUAGUCUCAUUGGAGCUCCUCUCGAAAUGGUUUUGAAGCUGUUCCCAAAAGAAGUGACGAAAAUUCCUCUGAUCGGACCGCUUUUAAUACCUCCGGUUAAUGUCAAAGCCGUGGCAGGAACAGCGGUAAGAGCUGCAGUUGAUCCCGAGUUUGCUUCUUCUGGAGGAGUCGUUGAUGUUUACCAGAUUCUUCAACACAAGACGACUCCUCCAUCUUCUUAACAAUGUCUGUCCUAAGUUUAUGUUUAUUUCUACGGAAUUGGUUUAAAAUGUUUGAAACGUCGAAUAGAGUGUGUAACCACGGUCUCUGGUUCUGCCACCACCAAUAAACUACUGUAUUGACUUUUGGAUAUUACAAAAGUAGAAAAAAAAAACAAUCAUCAUCAUCAGUUGAUAAGC